AUGGACAAAGAAGACAAAUCGACUCAGUCCCAAACUGAUGUACUCAUCAUUGGUGCCGGUCCAUCCGGCUUGAUGGCAGCGUACUGGAUGGCUCGUUAUGGAGUCAACGCACGCAUCAUCGACAAGCGUGACACGAAGGUCUUCCUAGGCCAUGCAGAUGGGCUUCGUGCUCGAACGCUGGAAUUAUUUGACAGCAUGGGCUUCCAACACCGUGUUAUACAGGAGGGAUCUAUCAGCACUGAGGCAAACAUUUGGGCCCCUGGUCCGAUGGGAAAGCUUAUCCGACAGGCUUAUAUUAAUGUAUCUAGGGUCGAGGAGUCGCCAUUCUACAAUACAUGCUUGACUCAGGGACGCAUUGAGCGGUUUAUUCUCGAUAGUAUUCGGGAGCACUCUGACCUUGACGUGGAAUACAGUGUGAUCGCCGAUUCUUUGGAAUAUGAAAAGGAAUUGAACACUGAUGUUGACUCGUAUCCUAUAACCGUCAAGGUCCGAGUUCUUGGUGAAGAUGAUUCGAAAGUCGAAGCUGCGUGUGAAACUGCUGGCAACGAAGUGAACCGCAAUGAUUUGCUCCCUGAUGAACGGGCCGAUUUUGCCCCGCGCAAAAAGCCACAGAAGACGCAAGUUGAGACAAUUAAAGCCAAAUAUCUGAUUGGGUGUGAUGGUGCCCACAGCUGGACGAGAAAACAGCUGAACAUCCCCGUGGAAGGGUCUAACACGGACCAUAUAUGGGGCGUUAUAGAUGUUAUACCCCUCAGUGACUUCCCGGACGUCCGCCGCUUAAGCAUCGUUACCAAUGCCAUAGGCACAAUACUUGUAGUCCCACGCGAACGGGGCUUAGUCCGCUUCUACGUCCCCGUGCAGACCUGUGAAGCGGGUACAACCGACAGAUUCGAUCGCUCGAAAAUCACGCCGGGCCUAAUCCGUGAGCGUGUGCAAGCCAUAUUCGCUCCGUUCACUUUUGACUAUAAGGAAUGUAGCUGGUGGACCGUCUACCAAGUCGGACAGCGGAUCUCCGCGCAAUCCACCAAGGACAACCGGGUCUUCCUAGCUGGUGAUGCCGUGCACACACACUCGCCAAAAAUGGGACUCGGCAUGAAUAUGAGUUUGCAAGACGGGUUCAACGUAGGGUGGAAAAUUGCUCUUGCUGUGGCGGGUACUCUCAAACCUGAGAUUCUUGAGACUUAUGCUGCUGAGAGACACCCGCUUGCGGAGAUGUUACUUGACUUCGAUCGCAACUGGUCGCCUAUGUUCAAUAAUCAGAAACCUGCCGUGGCGGAUACGAAAGCUUCAGACAUGGCCCUUAUUGCGGAGAGGUUUGAGGACUUCGCUGAUGGAUGGAAGGUCUUUUACCCCGCGAGCAGCCUUGUUCAGAAAGCUGAAAACAAUGCUGAAUUUGCCUUUGCACGGCAUAUGAUUCCUGGGGAGAGAGUCCGGCCGGUAAAGCUUCGGAACCAGGCUGAUGGCGCCCCAUUAUGGACGACAAGAUCGCUGGAAAGCGAUGGGCGCUUUCGAAUCCUAGUUUUAGCUGGGGAUAUACGAAACCCAAUACAGAAGCAACGCAUUGAGACGUUGAGUCGGGCUUUGGCUGGACAGUCUGGAACAAAUAUUUCACCCCUUGGCCGCUACCUGGGAAUUCCUGGUCGAUUCGAGAGUCCUGUUGAUGUAUUCACCGUCCACGCUUCGCCGUGGAAGGGGGUCGAAUUCUUUGAUUUUCCAGAGAUCCUGCGCCCUUUCGAUUCGAUGAAAGGAUGGGCAUAUGACAAGAUUUGGUGUGAUGACCCUUGCAUAUUUGAUCGAUAUUGUGAUGGAACAGCAUAUGAGAAGUGGGGAGUUGACCGGGUUCUUGGGGCGUUGGUGGUCGUUCGUCCGGAUCAAUAUAUCGGAUGGGUGGGUGAGCUUGGAGAUGCGGAGGAAAUGACACAGUACUUGGAUGGUAUUCUUGUGAAGAAGUCGCCCACAGACGAGAUUGAACCAGUUCGCUAG